UGACGGUGUUGGAUAAACACACACAUACACACACUCCUGAUCUGAUUCACACAGCAGACUCGUCCUGGACAUGUGGACACUGAGGACGUUCCGCCAUGGAGGGCUGUGACUCGGACAUUUUAGCAAUGAAGAACAGGUCCAUGGAGUUCAUGGAGGCGGGUCAUGGGGAGGAGGGCUUUGAAAAGGUGAUCUCGGAGCUAAGUGCAGCUGCGGGUCUGAAUCUGGAGGUGGAGCUGGAUGUGGAGGCGGAGCUGGGUGUGGAGGCAGGGUUUGAGGAGGGGCCAGGCUGGAGGCGGGGCUAUAAGGAAGGAAAUGCUGUAAAGGAGGUGGAACCUGGGAAGAACAGGGGCAGCACAACUGAGAUCCAAAGUCCUCCUCAGUCUACAGACAUGUCUCACACUCCAUUGUCAGAGCAGUUGUUAUUGGGUCGUGAUGAGGUGAAGGUGGUGAGUGUGGAGUGUCGGAUCUGUGGAGAUCAGGCAUCAGGGUUUCAUUAUGGAGUGCACGCCUGUGAGGGGUGUAAGGGUUUUUUUCGCCGCACAGUGAGAAUGAAGCUGGAGUAUGAGAAAUGCGAACGCAGCUGCAAGAUCCACAAGAAAAACCGCAACAAGUGUCAGUACUGCCGCUUCCAGAAGUGUGUGACACUCGGGAUGAGUCACGAUGCAAUUCGCUAUGGUCGCAUGCCUGAGGUGGAGAAGCGGAGGUUGGUGGAGGGGAUGCUCUCAGACAGUCGCACAACGAGCAGCUCCAGCCUGAAAUCACUCGCUAAAAGAGUCAACAACGCGUAUCUGAGACACCUGAACAUGACCAAGAGGAAAGCACACGGCAUCCUGACAGGGAGAACCUCCUCCAACCCUUUUGUGAUCUAUGACCUGGGCUCCCUGUGGCGUGCUGAGAGUGGGCUGGUGUGGGACAGUGGGGUUCUAAGCGGACGGGAACAGAAGGAGAUCGGAGUUCACGUCUUCUACCGCUGUCAGUGCAGCACCGUGGAGACAGUACGUCAAAUCACGGAGUUCUCCAAGUCCAUCCCGGGCUUCAUUGACCUGUACCUCAAUGACCAGGUGACACUGCUGAAGUACGGUGUUCACGAGGCGAUCUUUGCCAUGCUGCCGUCUCUGAUGAAUAAGGACGGCUUACUGGUGGCCAAUGGGCGUGGCUUUGUCACACGCGAGUUCCUGCGCAGUCUCAGGAAGCCAUUCAGUGAAAUCAUGGAGCCAAAGUUCGAGUUCGCUCUCAAGUUCAACGCGCUGGAGCUGGACGACAGCGACCUUGCACUGUUUGUCGCUGCCAUCAUCCUGUGUGGAGAUCGUCCCGGGCUGAUGAAUGUGAAGCAGGUGGAGGAGAUUCAGGAUAAGAUCCUGCAGGCGUUAGACCAGCACCUGCAGCACACACACCCUGACGCUGCCUACAUCUUCCCCAAACUGCUGCAGAAGCUCGCAGACCUGCGACAGCUCGUCACCGAGAACGCACAGCUCGUCCAGAUGAUCAAAAAAACUGAGUCUGAGACCUCACUGCACCCUCUCCUGCAAGAGAUCUACAGAGACAUGUACUGACCACACACACACACACACGAACAGCUGUGCUGAGCCACAAUGUGUUAAAAGAGAUGUCAGGGGUGGGUAGAGGAGCCAAAAAAUUUACUCAAGCGAGAGGAGCUGUAUUUCAGAAUAAUAUUACUUAAGUAAGAGUAAAAAAUUAUUCGGUGAAAAGACUAUUCAAGUACUGAGUAACUCUUUCAAUCACAUAAUUAUAUAUAUAUAUAUAUAUAUUCAUAGCCUGUUAAAGUAACAACAACAAUUAACAAUUAACGUUAAUAUAUAAUCACACAAACAUGAAAAAAGCAUUCUAUCCUCACCGCAAGAUCCCACUAGUAGCAGCGUGGGUUUAUGGCGUCCCGCAAAAUUACACGCUUUACUUUUGUUCACGCAUGCGAGUGUAUGUAGGACGGAUUCACACGUAGGAUAAAUUUAUAGAACACCGGCUGAAGACCUGAUCACAUGACUGAGUCAUGUGAUUAUUGCUGCUGCGCCUGAUUGGUGGAACAGUCAUGCGGUAGAUCCACCAACUGCAUGUUUACAAUAAACGGUUAUAAAAGUAAAGAGUCGAGCGGAGCCGAAUGUAGCGGAGUGAGAGGAGCGUUUCUUCUUCACAAACCUACUCAAGUAAAAGUAACAGAGGAAAUGUAACUCGUUACUACACAGCUCUGCUUUCAGAACAACUCGUUUAAACAAGCGAAGAAAUGUAGAGACAGGACUGAUUUACUGGAGUCUGUAUUUAUUAUGUGUUAUUAUAUUUGUCUUCUCAGUACAUUUAUUAAUGUGAGUAAAUAUUUAAUGAUGUACUGUAGUGUUUAAAGGAUUUAACAAAGUUUAAGUGAUGAAUCAAAUGAGUCAAAUGAAUCAGUGUCACAUCUCCAUCCAGCAUCAUCUGAGAGAAAGCGAGAUGAAAUAAGAGCCGUUAUAUUCGUUAGUGCUGGUUUAGUGUGUGUGUGUGUGUGUGUGU